UUGCCUUGGACCGACGUCUAUGUCUUGUCCGCCGCGUUGUUGGGUCUGGAAGACGGAUGGCAGAGAGGUGGAUGCUCCGAAGAGCUGCCACGGAGGGGUGGUGGGGGGAAUCACCUCCGUCACCCCCACCCUCUCCGCCCGCGAUCCGUUGAGGGGCUGUCCCCAGGGCACCACGGCGAGCAUUACUGCGGCCGCCGCUAAAGCCGCCGCCGACCCGAGAACUCGCCGAGGCGACACGGAUAUCGACUAGUCGAAGUCCGAGCGCAUUUCUGUAGCCAAGGUGAUGAUGGCCAACGCCUUGGCAUCGCUCGCCCGGGGUAGAUGGAGCCUCGCUGGCCAGGCCAUGACCAAGGCCGACGAAGAGUCCAGAUUCCCCCAUGGUGCCUUGGAGACCGUCAACUCCGUGGUCGGGAUGACACCUUGCAGGACCCUUGCGCCUUCAUCGGCCUUGGAUAUGGCGUGGCCAGCGAGGCUUGAUUUAGGGCGAGCGACACCAAGGCGUCAGCCCUCGUCACCUUUGCUUUCGGAAAUGCGCUCGGACUUGCGCGAAUCGACGUCCCAUGUCGUCUUGGUCCAGUUGAUUGGUGUGAAACAGGAGGUGGCUGCUCCAAGAGCGGUUCCGGAAGGGGCAGUGGGGGGAAUCACCGCCGUCACCCCCACCGCCGCCGCCCGCUAUCCGUUGAGGAGCUGUCCCAAUGGCAUUUGUGCUGGGUAUCACCGCGGCCGCCGCAACUGCAGCCGCCAACCCAAGAUAUUCGCCUCACACACCUUUCCCCCCCCUCCCUCCUGGUUCCAUGAUCUUGAGACACGCUCGCUUGUGGGACGGAGGGGAAGAAGUCAUGUUGUAUGUCCUGGGAAUUCGUGGAGUCAUGGUGUGGCAUACUAAGCGGUGGUGCAGGUGGUGGUUCUCGUGGUGGUGGUGGCCGCCAAUGGUGGUGGCACCGGUCGUGGCGGUGGGGAUGUUGAUCAUUAAGAAAGCGAGGGCGAUGUAGGUGUUCUUGGUUGUAGCGGCGAAACGUGCUGGCAGCUACGGGUUGUGCAUGGGUGGGAUGGUGGUGAACGUGACUCAACACGGCAGUCGACGGUGCUUGCCAGAUGGAUGGCUGGCGACAAUGGACACUGCUGCAGGGGCGGUUCACCGACCAGGGCCAUGGCCUGCUGGUGUAGUACCAUUUGUCACCGGCCCCCAAUCUGGCAAGCAGCGUCC